AAAGGUUGUCUGGGUACAUUAAUUUUAUCCUAAGUGAAACUUGAAUUAAAAAGUUUGUAAAAUUAGUAAAAACAAGUUGGUAUCCUUGUCACUAUUACCUUGCAAGGGAUAAAGUGUCUAAGAAAACCAGCUAAGAUAGCUUUGUUAUUGAAUUCCAUGUUCAAUGCCCAAAACUAAAAUAAGUAAUAGUAUUUCCCUCACAAACACAUAUAAAGCAUUUUCCAGUAUUUGGAACUGCACAACCUCUUACAGUUUCACAGUUUCAACAAAUUAACAAUACCUUACCAUUUCCCCCAGUUUCAAAAAUUUAACCAUAUUUAUUGUACCAUCUACGCCCUGUACCCUCUUUUUGCAAAUUGUCUAAGAGAGAUAUCUGUGUAAAUUGAUUAAGAAUUUAUUACAGGAUUUGCACUGAAGGUUUGAGAACAAGAAUAUAAAUUCCACCAACAAGGUUUGAGAAUAUGAGGUGUUUCACAUGCUGCAAGUCAGACAUUGAAACACCCUCUUUCAGGAAAGUUUCCAAAGGCAGAAGAACAUUCAAAUCAAUUGCAGCUGCUAUGUCACUCAAAUCAGGUAGCAGCAGGCAUAGACAAAUCAAUGAAGAGAUAUUAAAAUAUGGAGCUGCAAAAAACGACAUUAACAUAUUCACAUAUGAAGAUCUGGUUGAUGCAACAAACAACUUCAGUCCUGAUUGUCUGGUGGGAGAAGGUGGAUUUGGGAAUGUCUAUAAAGGAUACAUAAAGAGCAUUGAUCAGACUGUAGCGGUUAAGCAACUGAACAGGGAAGGAGCUCAAGGAACAAGAGAAUUUUUCGCAGAGGUUUUGAUGUUAAGCAUGGUGAACCACCCAAACCUUGUUAGGCUCGUUGGUUAUUGUGCAGAAGGUGAUCAAAGGGUUUUAGUCUAUGAAUACAUGGCCAAUGGAAGCUUAGAAAGUCAUCUUCUAGAGUUAGGUGAAGAUAUGGAGCCUUUGGAUUGGCAUACAAGGAUGAAAAUUGCUGAGGGAGCAGCUAGAGGACUUGAAUAUCUGCAUGACAGUGCAGACCCCCCAGUGAUAUUCCGUGAUUUCAAGUCGUCAAAUAUACUUUUAGAUGAAGAUUUCAACCCAAAGCUCUCUGAUUUUGGACUUGCAAAGAUUGCUCCAGCAGAGGGGUUCCAGAACCAUGUCUCAACCAGGGUGAUGGGGACCUAUGGCUACUGUGCACCAGAGUAUGCUGCAACAGGUCAAUUAACAUCAAAAUCAGAUAUUUAUAGUUUUGGGGUUGUGUUCUUGGAAAUAAUCACUGGUAGGAGAGUAAUUGACACUGCAAGAGUUACAGAAGAACAAAACUUGAUUGACUGGGCACAACCUCUAUUCAAGGACAGAACAAAGUUCAGUCUAAUGGCUGAUCCUUUGCUCAAAGGCCGGUUCCCUGUGAAAGGUUUAUUUCAAGCCCUUGCAGUUGCAGCAAUGUGUUUACAAGAGGAAGCUGACACACGACCUUACAUGGAUGAUGUUGUAACUGCCCUUGCUCAUCUAGCAGAGCAGAGAACUGAAGAGAAAGACAUUGCUGGUGAAUCUAUAAAAAGUGCUGGCCAUGUUGAAUCCUUUAGAGGUGCAAGUUCAAUGGCAUCCGAAAGGGCGUAGCCAACACUGAAAAACUUGGAAGAGCAAGCUGAAAAAAUGGUGUACAAAGAUGAACGUGCUUAGGUGUAUUUCUGUUUGUUUGAUAUCCUUCUGUUAACACUUUAGAUUGUGAUGUGAUGGUAUCCUUUUUGGGAUUGAAAUCUGCAUCCCUUCAAUCUAAUCUAUUUUCCUUUUUCUUCUUUUUGAAGAAAAAGAUUUUCUGUUUCCAUUUGAUUCCCACCUUUGCACAUACCAUACUAGAUCUCAAAAGGACAAAUGUAUACUCCCCAAUUACAAAUAUGUUAUUUGAUAAAUGUACAUUGCAUUUGUCAUCUAUGUAAUUAUAGCCUGAGUGUAAGGUAUCAGAGGAAUUCAGAUCAUCUGCUUCCAGCAGCCAUUGCAGAAGCAAAAUGACUAAGUUUAUAUAAGUUUUGACCUAGUUAACUUUUUAUUAAUCAAUCUGAACCAUUUAAUAAAAGAAUCAACGGCCAAGAAUUUGCAACAAAGAGCUAUAGAGAAUAUAGCUCGAGGGGAUCCAUAUCAGUAAAGGACAUAUAUAGUGUGUACACAUUGAGAGAGAAUUGAUGGAAACCUCUACCACACAUUUCGAGCUAUAUGAGAUGACUAUUUAUAGACAAUGUCCAACUGGCAAAAGAGAGGUGUUAAUUAUAGUUUCAGUGUUCUCUAUAUAAAUCUACCUAUGGAGAUUCUAUAACAACUUAUUUUCUUCAUACAUCACAAUAUAAUUAAUCUGGAUAAGAGAAAGAUCUCUAGAAAAAUGAGCAUCAGAAAACUUAGACCAAAGGCACAUAAACACAGGAAUCAGGAUAUGGCAGAAAAUGAAAAUAACACGAGCACAAAUUCAAGUAUGGCAACCUACGAGAUAAUAUAAGUGACUAGUGCAGAUUAACUCAAGAAACUUUAGUCACUUAGCUUGAUAUCAUUCUUGAGGAUCUUGUAGCUGCAACUAGGAAUUUAACACGUGUUAUACUGUUCCUCAACUUCUCCAUCCUGUCCUUUUCUCCCUUCAUGCAUGCUUUUGAUGUUUGAAAAUGAAAACCCUAUGUCAUCUAGGAUGGUCCUACUCCUACAUUAAAUUAUUCAACACUGAAGU